AUGCAGUCCGACGACGUGAUCUGGGACAUCAUCAACCACCAACACUGUUCCUUCAAGAUCAAGACUGUGACGCAGAACUUCUGCCGGAACGAGUACAACUUGACGGGACUGUGUUCGAGGCAGAGUUGUCCGUUGGCGAAUAGUCGGUAUGCGACGGUCAGGGAACAUGGAGGCAAGGUCUACCUGUAUAUGAAGACAAUCGAGCGCGCUCACCUCCCGAGCAAGAUGUGGGAGCGCGUCAAGCUGUCGGGCAACUACUCGAAGGCGUUGGAGCAGAUCGACAAGCACCUGAUUUACUGGCCCGACUACUUGGUUCACAAGUGCAAGCAGCGCUUGACCAAGAUCACGCAGUACCUCGUCCGGAUGCAGAAGCUCAAGAUGAAGGAGGCUCCGCAACUCGUCCCGAUCAAGAAGAAGACCGAACGCCGCGAAUCCAUCCGCGAAGCGAAAGCCCUCUCCGCCGCACGCCUCGAAAAGUCCCUCGAGCGGGAACUGAUCGCGCGACUCAAGUCUCGCGCGUACGGAGACCAGCCCCUGAACGUGAAUGAGGAUGUGUGGCAGGCGGUGUUGAAUCGCGAGAGGGAGGUGGAUGCGCAGAAGGAGUUGGAGGAGUUGGGGAUGGAGAGUGAUGAGGAGACUGAUGAGGAGGAGGAGGAGGGAGAGUACGAGGAGCAGGACGAGGACGAGAUGGCUGAGUUUGUGAGCGACUUUGACGAGAGCGACGUCGAGGAUAUGGAGGAGUACGACGGAGCAGAGUUCGGCUCCGACUUCGAAGGCUUCGACGACGACGCAUCGGACGAGGACGAAGAGGCCUCCGACGACGAGGAGCAAGACGCGUCCGCCCGUCCUGCGAACGGCAAACGGAAAGCCGGCGACGGAGCGCAGGAAGGGAAGGGCAAGAAGGCUGCCCCGGCACCGAAGAAGCCGAGACGAAAGGGCCCCCGCGUCGAGGUCGAGUACGAACAGGAGACCGAGCCGCUUUCGGUCGCGCAGAUGGACGCGUGGUAG